AGAAUCAGUUCUCACCUUUUGUUCUCUCUCAUUCUCUCAUCUCCUCUCCUUCAUAUAUUCUCCAUCUUCUGCUAGCUAAGGAAGACAAGAAUGGUGGAUCUUGAAAGAAAAGUGUGUUGCAUGUGUGGUGAUGUGGGUUUCUUCGACAAGCUCUUUCAUUGCAGCAAGUGCCUGAAUCGCUUUCAACACUCGUACUGUAGUAGCUAUUACAAAGAGCAAGGUGAUCCAAUUAAGAUCUGCGAUUGGUGUCAGUAUGAAGCAAAGAAUCGAACAGGAGCAAAACACGGUGUUAACGGUGGAUCUUCUAAGAGGUCGUACCGGUCGGAAUAUGCUUCAGCCCACCAGAUCAAACAACAAGAGAUCAACCAGAUUGCUGCAAGUAGUAGUGUUACUCCAGCAGCCGACAAGGGUAAAAGCGGCAUACCUUCUCCUCGAACCGCCACUCGCAGGUACAAGCUUCUUAAGGAUGUCAUGUGUUAGUAAUGUUUUUUGUUUUAUAUAACCAAAAGUUGAGAGAGUUAUAGUUAGAGUGUUAAUUAGGAUCUGAGAUGAUAAUAAGACGCAUGAAUGUAAGAUACAAUUAGGGAUGUCGUAGAUGUUGCCAUGGGUGUGAAAAGCAAUGUUAACGUACCUGCGGAGUUAUGUAUGUUAAGGAUAUGAUGAUGUUAAUUAGUGAGUGUUUAAAAUAAAUUUUCUGUAUCUUUCAGUUGAAUGAUUGGUUAAUUAGCAGUGAGUUUUGUGUUUUGUUGUUAUCCAUCGAUCGGCAUUUGAUCAUACUAUUCUGUCCCUAUUUAAAAACAUGCCACAUAGUUAAAACAAUCAUCUUAAUAUUGUUUCUUUUUGUUAUUGAUCAUAACGAUUUCUUGUAUUGAAAACUGUAAACAGUUAGUAUUAUCUAUGGAGCGAUUUAUAUUAAAAACCUACGUUAAAGCUACAGAAUAGUCUACUCAGAUUAAGUUUUUAUCAAACAUGGAAAACAUGUUGUGAAGAUUGAUCGUUUUGGUUAUUGUCGUCGUACCUAUGACACAAGAAACAAGUUCCGAAGAUUGAUAGUCUUGGUUAUCGUAUGUAAAUCAUCUGAAGUCAUAUGUUGCUCAAAAAAAAAAUCAUCUGAGUUAUAUUAAAAUAAAUCAAGAUAACUCACAUGUUUCCC